GGCAGUAGGGUGCGGGCCCUCGCGCGCGGCGGACGGGUCUCCUGACCACCUCUCGCUCGCUCUGCGCUCUGGCGGCGGGCGGGUGAGUGAGAGAGAGAGGCGCGUGUCGAGGGUGUCAUGGCGCGGGCGGUCCGGUGCUGCCGCCAGCUGCUGGGCUUCGUGAUCGCCUCCGCCGUCAUGGACGUGGUCGAGGUGUCCGGCAUCCAGAUCACGGCGCUGCGCGUGCCCGCCGUGGUGCGCAACGGCUCCGGCCUGCCGGCCAUCCUCGACUGCGAGUACUCGCUCAAGCCCGACGAGCCGGGCCUGGUGGUCAAGUGGUUCUUCGGCAGCGGGCCGUUCCCCGUCUACCAGUGGAUCCCGGGCCAGCGGCCGCAGGAGCUGGGCAUCCUCAAGGGCCGCCUCAACCUCAACCACAAGGCGUCAGACAACCACGUGACCAAGCACCGCGCGCUCUACAUCGUCAACCCCACCACGGACCUGACGGGCGAGUACAAGUGUCUGGUGUCCACCUUCAGCGACGAGGACUUCAUGACCAAGAAGAUGGUCGUCUUCGCGCAGGGCAGAGGCCUGGAGCUGAGGCACUCCAAGCCGGACCCCGACUCGGUGAACGUCAGCUGUCGGGCGCAGGGGGUCUACCCGGAGCCCAAGAUAGCCCUCUACAAAGACCGGGACAGAUCCACCAUGACGAACCUCGACGGCGUGGUGGUGGAGUCGGUGUCGCGGGGCGGCUCCUACGACAUAACGGCCUACAAGGUGCUCAGAGACGAGGACCUGCAGUCGCCGACGCUGUUCGACUGCGAGUUGAGGAUCCCCGAUGCCAACUACCGCGUCAGCAAGACCGUCGUCUACCGCACAGGGGAUUUCAACUUUUUUUCUGAGAAUGGCAGCGCGCGCCACCUGAGCCGCCAUCUUGUGUUGCUGUCAGCGGCGGCGAUAGCAGCUCUCACGACGUGGCCCCGCUGCUGAGACGCGAGGUAAUUCAAGCAUGAAGCUCCCCUUGCAAGCAAGAUUAAGUGGUCUUAUCAGCAAAAAAGAACUCGGAAGAUUGGAUUAUUUUAUAUACAACAAUUAAGUAAACAAAUUUAGUUAAAAAAUUUUUAUCCAUUAAUUUUUCAAUGGUGCCUAAUUCUUUUUGGAACAUUGAUGGUAUUAAUGGACUUGUAAGUACAAAAAAAAUGAUGGAACAGAUGUGGUUUUUCUGGGUGACAUGUACCUUACCUGUAAAAACAUGUUUUAUUACAUAAUGAUAAUUUUUUUACUAUUGGCUUUACAAUUAAAAAAGUUUGUUCAAAAUGUUAAUCCUUCUAGUCCGGCACCAUUGUUUUAUUAUAAUAUAGGCCUAAACCUGAAAUGAAUUAAGUGGUUCCUAUAAUUAUAUCAAGAUAUUUUUGUGGGGUUUUUGUUACCAAAGAAAUAUGUCAUCAUUAAGUAUUUUAGUUUAAGCGAUGUUAUUUUGUGUAAAUAAAAGCGUUUUACAACAUAAAAUCAAAUUUGUAAAAAAAAAAAAUUCUAUUCUUUUUAUUUUUGUUAUAGCUGUAGUUAAUAUAUUUCAUAUUUCAGUGUCUCAUAUAGCUAAACUUUAAGCAACUCUUGUUUUACUGUUCUUUAAAUGGAAAAGUUUAUAUUACCUUUUAAAAAUAAUAUUUGCUGGAUUACAUGUGCUGAAGUGACGGUAUGAAAUGAGUGCCAUUCAAAAAGAGUUAAUGAACUUUCUUCUGAACGCUACGCAAUUAUAUUGGUGUUACGUCGUGCUUUUAUACGGAUGAACUACGUUAAGUAAAAAUAUGUGACAAUAUUCGGCCAUUCACGAAGCCUACAAGAAACAUUUGCACUUGUGUAGAGAGUUUGAGAAAAAAUUAAAGCAAAUUAUAGAGUUUGUUUCCCGAGUUUCCAUUGAAAAAAAAAUGUAAUGGCCUAUAUUUGGAAAGCAAAUGUUUUGUCACUAAUUAUUAAAUGUUAUUCAUUACUUGUUUGGUGAGUUACUCUCAUGUAAUGUAUUCUCAUGUUAAGCAGUUAUUAAAGAUUUAAUGAAAAA